AGUGUUUCUCCUUUCGGCAGAGGCGAAAGGGACCGCACGUCGCUGGGGCAUUCCGGCGGAGGUGGUGCGCUGUCAGUAUGCAACGGUUGCUCCUUCUGCCCCUGAAGGCCUUGAUGGGGAGCUGCAGUGUCGGGCUCCUGCUCCCUAGGGCGGCGUCCAGAGCACAGUGUGGUUGCAGCUAUGGCAGCAGGCGUCCUCUGAGGCCAGGGCAGUACAGCACCAUCACCGAAGUGGCUUUGCGAUCUGGAAAAAGCCCAGUGUCCCUUCCUUCGAAGGCAGCUGAGCGGGCAGUGGGCCGAUGGCUCCUGGUGUGCAGCGGGACAGUAGCUGGAGCCGUUAUUCUUGGGGGAGUAACCAGGCUGACAGAGUCUGGCCUCUCAAUGGUAGACUGGCAUUUAGUCAAGGAGAUGAAGCCACCCACAAGCCAAGAAGAAUGGGAAACAGAAUUCCAAAAAUACCAACAGUUUCCAGAAUUUAAAAUCCUGAAUCAUGACAUGACGCUGGCAGAAUUCAAGUUUAUCUGGUAUAUGGAAUACUCACACCGAAUGUGGGGUCGAGCUGUAGGCCUUGCGUACAUCCUGCCUGCUGCCUACUUUUGGAGAAAGGGUUGGCUCAACCGUGCCAUGAAAGGACGUGUCCUUGCCCUCUGUGGCUUAGUCUGUUUCCAGGGUCUAUUGGGUUGGUAUAUGGUGAAAAGUGGAUUAGAAGAGAAACCCGAGUCCUAUGAUGUCCCUCGGGUCAGCCAGUACCGCCUGGCAGCCCACCUGGGAUCCGCACUCGUUCUUUACUGUGCCAGCCUGUGGACCUCGCUCUCACUGCUCCUCCCUCAGCACAAGUUGCCCGAAACCCGACAGCUCCUGUGGUUGAGACGCUUUGCUGGUGGAACAGCAGGCCUGGUGUUCCUUACGGCUCUCUCAGGAGCUUUUGUGGCUGGGCUGGAUGCUGGGCUGGUUUACAACUCCUUCCCCAAAAUGGGAGACUCUUGGAUCCCGGAGGACCUCCUUACCUUCUCUCCCAUGCUGAAGAACAUGUUUGAGAAUCCUACCAUGGUGCAGUUUGAUCACCGGCUGCUGGGAAUCACGUCUGUCACUGCCAUUACAAUGCUCUAUUUCCUGUCCCGGAGAAUCCCCCUUCCUCGAAGGACCAAGAUGGCAGCAGUGACUCUGCUAGCUUUGGCAUAUGCACAGGUGACCUUGGGCAUCAGCACUCUGCUUCUGUACGUUCCAACUCCUCUGGCUGCCACACACCAGUCAGGUUCCUUGGCUCUGCUCAGUGGUGCCCUUUGGCUCAUGAAUGAACUCCGAAGAGUCCCAAAAUAACUCUCAGAAGACUAGUCCCUAGGCUCGAGACUGCCUUGGGAAUUCUCAGCAAGCACAAGAGCUUAGCCUUUUCUAUGAGGGUGGCCUUGACAUGCCACAUGGCUUCCAAAUUGGUCAAGCCUCUAAAACUGUUUAGAGAUGGACACUGGAUCAAGGAUGUCACCAAAGGAUGCUUAUAACAGAGGGUCCCUUUAAAAUCUGUUGCAUAAACAAGUGUCUAUCGUCAUCAUCUGCUUCCUAAUACGCAGUCUGGCUUUUCUUAGCCUUAGGAAGACCUUGGGUUCCUGUGUCCUUGUGCUGCAGAGUCCCGUCCACAAGUCAGGCUAGUGAUGACAGCGGCAGACUCAAGAACAGGCAGCCCAGUAGUUACUCGACCAGUUGACAAGUAACUGAAUGUUGGUUUGUUACCAAGGUCUAGGGUUGUCAUAACCUCUGGUUUUUAAGAGCAGCUAACUAGCUAGAUUGUGAAGUGAACAUUCUUCUUUGUCUGUGUGUGUUAAUAUAUGCC